AUGACCCCUUCAAAGGCACUGAGAAAUGGUGUAAAUGACAGCAAUGGCGGUAGGGGUGGAGGAGGUUAUGUCCUGAAGUCGGAGUCUUUGGAUGAGAGGAGUGGCGGGAUAUUAGUUAGAGAUCGACGACAGGCCACCACCGAUACAACCGAUUCAAAUCAACCAACCGGUGAUACAUCAGAAGCAUCGCACGGCUCAACGCACGGCACUGGCGGCCCAACUCAUGAAACUGAAGCCCAUUCAGGAACCUAUUCGCCCACUCCUUCCCCGACAUCCACCGCUCGAAGUGGUGGCUCAAGAGCUAAAAACUCUAAGUCCAAGACUAAGAGUAAUAAAGCACAGCAUAAAAACGAUAUUUCCUUUAAUGUUAAGGUUGAGAAUCAUUAAGUUUUUGCACAAUUUAUAAAUUGUUAUCAAAGUAUUUUAAUGUUCCAAUCUAUUUAACUAAUAAAAUGGACAUGUUAUAACAAACACAAA